CGUCAGUGCGAGGUGAACGCCAGAGCAGGGAAACUGCGGGAUAAAAGGAGAGUUGCUGGGAAAUAGUCACGUUGAUCCGCCUUGUUUUCUGAGAGGGAAUCGGAAACCCCCUUCAAGUCGCAGCCAGAGGGGCGCAGCAGAGGGCGUGUUCAACAACAGCAUACAAAACAGAAACAUUCUGCUUCACAGACGGUCGGAGCUUUCGUGGCUAGUGGAGUUUCUUCGCCUGCAUUCGUAGUUUUCGAUCUAAAAGUAUCAAAGAUGAGGGCAAUUUACAUUAUUCUUUUGGUCUUCCCUGCUCUGGUUUACUCCUGUAACGAGCGAGAGUAUCUUAAAGAUGGUCAGUGCUGCAAGAUGUGUGGCCCAGGUACAAGGAUGAAGCAGAAUACAGACUGCAUGGAUCCACACUGUCAGCCUUGUGAAAAUGGAGAAUACCAGGACGGUUUCACUCAGGAGACCAAAUGCAAACAGCAACCUUCCUGUGACCCUAAUCUAUUUUUUCAGAAUCAAACUAAUCCAAGUAAAACAGAGCGCACUCAAUGUCAGUGUAUGCCUGACCAUCACUGCUCCAGUCUACAAUGCAUUUCAUGUGUGAGAAACACAGUGUGCCACCCGGGGGAACAAGUCAAGAAGAUUGGCACCCAGAUGUCUGACACAGAGUGUGAGCCCUGUCCUGAAGGAAAAUUUUCCACUACACUCUCCGCCAGAACCUGCUUACCAUGGAAAGAGUGUUCCUCGGGAAAUGUUGAAAGUGUGCCAGGCUCUUCCACAUCUGAUAGGAUCUGUGAGCCUCACUCUAAUGUAAGACUGGGUGUAUUUAUUGUCCUUGGGCUUGUGAUCAUCGCUGUGGUCUGUGGUCUAGUGUUCUACUUGUACAAAAGAGACAGAACAGGAUCUGCAUGUCUAGAGAAAAAGUUACAGCAGCACUGUCCUGCUUUGUUCCCCAAUAAGCCUCAACCUGCUGAAGAAAAAAUAGUUAUAAACGUUGAACAACAGCCGGCCUUGGAGCAUCAAAAUGAACCGGAGGAGGACACUGAAGAUGUGACCAAACAAGAUGACCAUUUUAAGCACGGCCUGUCCGCAAACGGAUUGCCCAUUGAUCAGGAUCAUAGCAAAAUGUCUUUUCUUUCUCAGCCUGAAACAAUAAAAAGUGCAGAUGGAAGCUAUUCAGAUGACCUUUAAGAUACGCAUGAGGUUGUGCUAGAUGAAAAAUUUUCAACAGCAUCUUUGAGUGCAUUACUUUGUCACGUGUUGUUAUGCUGCUUGUCUUGGGGACGAGGAGCAGUUGGCAUUUGCUAUUAGAAAUACAGUUCUUAGGAGUAGCUGUAACUUUUGAUUUCCAUGGAAAAUAAUUUCACCAUACUGAGCAAAAAGCAGAAACUUGAUGACUCACAGAUACUUAAGAAGCACCUGCCCAUUGGCUUUUAUUAUAGGUAGGUUUCAGAUCAACAGGUUUCCUGUUCUUUUACUAAGUUAAGGGAGAUUGUGUUAAAAUUAUUGUCUGAGGUAACAGACGGUAUUCUACAGAAGCAGAUUAAGUUGAAAACGCUGGAGUAUUUCUUUCAACUGGAACUGUAUACAGUCGUGGCGAGAGGAACCAGACAUCCAAAGCAUUUAAUGCCUCUAAAAGCUCCCUCACUUCCACUAUUACGUGGAAUGGUUCACUAUGAAUACGCUGCCUGAUGCUAGUUUUGAGAUAAGAUAUUGGCCUCAGUUGUACUUUUUAAAUACAGUCAUGGCAGAGGAGCACAUGCAGGGUGUUGUGAGGCAAAUUAAUUUUUUUCUGAUUUACCUGUUUGUCUCAAAACUCAGUCAAACCGUGAGGGAAAAAAAACACCUCUACCAUAAUGCUAAUUUCUGCUAGCAUCCCUUAUUGGAGCUGGAAUUGUAUUUCUCAGCGCUAAGCUAACGACAAUUAGCAUGAACAUUUUUGGCAAUUGUUGAUAAAACAGACAUUUAAAACAUCUAAAAGACAUUCCAUGUUUCACUUGACGCUUGUGGCACACAUAUCAGCAUAUAUUUUACCUUGUAGCAGUGACUCUUACAGAAGCAGCUGUCAUUGUUUUCCAUUUCUAACUGCCGCUCCUGUUCACAGUCAGUGAUGUAUCUAGGACUUCCAGACGGCAUAGAGUGAUGUUUAUUCUUGCUAAAUUGGCCCCGCCCAUUGGAAAUCAAAACGUGAUUGGUUGAUUCCUCAGUCACUUCUUGAUUACACUGAUAGUAAAUGUACUUUUAAAGUCUUUUAACUUUUAACCAAUAGGAGGGCUAGCUUAGCUAUAUCCUGCUAGAUACCACAGAGGACUUUAACCCUUUCGUUUCCACCCAAAACCUAACAAUGAAGCAAGAGUAAUACUGUAAUACAGGCAGGGUAGUGAAUAAAACUAAAAUUAAUUAAUAAACUAAUUAAUAAAAAUUAGACACGUAUUCUUAUUUUCCCAGAAAUCACAGCCCUGAGAGUUCCCCUUUGAUUUUACCAUUAUCAGCAUUACAUGUAAAACUCAGAAGACACGUGUAGACUCACGGGUAGUUUUAGACAUUAAAUAAAUGGCUAUAUUUGCAGUGUAGACAUCACAACCCCGGUUCCUGUCACCGCCACUGUAAAGAGUUUCUCUACAAUAAACAAUUUAAGAUCAAACCACCCUGAAUAACUUUGUUUACAGUUUAAUUAUUGAAUUAGGCAGACAUUUUGAACUUUCAGUGGUUUGUGAUAUGUAAUAACAUGCAGCCACUUACAUCAUGUUUGCAGAUGCAUUUUGUCAGCUGUUUCGAUGGUACAGUAUCCAGCUAACGUGACCUCUGCAUGUUCUAAACCUCGGCUGCUUGUGAUACAGUGUGUUAUUCUACUCUAAUUUUGAGCUGAUUUGUAUUUUCUAAGAGGCUCUGUGUUGUGCUGGUGGCUUAUGAGAGGUGUUGCACUACUUUGUGUUGCUCAUCAUUUGAGAUGAGUAUCCUUGUAAUAUAGAUCUUGUAUGUAUAGUAUUGUGCCAAAACAACUACAAGCAAUAAGAAUUGUUUGUUAAAGUUCUUAAUAUCCUUGUUAGAACAACACAUAUCUAGUUCCUGACUUAGAUGCAAUCCAGACAUUGCAUGAGUUUGUUAAAUGAGUUAGUGUUGCUAGCCGUAUUUGCAUAGUACCUUAAGUUCCAGUAAACCUAACCUGUUUGCCGUGCUCACACAAAGUAAUUUACUUUUUUUCCAUUUGUUUUUUGACUGUUUAGUUGUAAAUAGGUUUUUUUUUAUAUGUCACUGUCUUUUUUAGUAUUUGUGAUCAGACAUGAAUGUAAGAAUGAGAUGUGAAAUAAACAUUUAAAAAGAA